UCAUCUGUCGUGGAAUGCAGCAGCCUUCUAGUCCACUUUCAUUAUAAAUAAUCUGAAGAUGCCUAAUUUCUGUCAAAACAGUUUAUGCAGAAGAAAUUCAGUCAAACUCCGAAAGCCCUUCCUUUUAUCGACAACGCUUGAAACGUACCACAACUUUUGUCAUUCCUGAGCAUGGAGGAGAAAUGGCUAAUCCUGCCGGGUCUGCGCCAGUUGUAUUGGAUCUCUAUAGGUGAAAUAUUGCUGGGCUUGAUGACAAUUGCUGCGGUUACCUGGAAUUUAAUCGGAAUUUCCAAUCACGCUAGCCUCAUGGCGCUGCUUCUAAUCGAAUUAAACGAAAUGUUUGUCCUACUCAGCACCGGAAUCCUUGGACAGGUCGUGGUAAAGCGAUCGCGCGCGGGAUCAGUCCGUGCCACCAUGUUCCUUUGGACGGCCUUAUUAAACGUCGUCAUGCUAGUGAUAUCCAGCAAAGAUGUGUUGGCGAUCAUAGCAGAUGUAACCGUUAGUAUCCACGGAGGAGAAAUGCGAUGGUAUUCUGGUUGGAAUCUUUGGAUGUACCUUGUAUUUCCGGUUACGACUGGCCUUCUGAUUCUGGGAUUCGCGUAUCGUGCUGUGAGGAUUUCUUUACGCUGCCACGCCUCAGUGUACAAGGACGAUAUUUUAGUUCACUAUCGUCUGGUCGACAAUGCAGAGCAGCCCUACCAGCGUUCUUUGGCAGCGUAUGAAACGGUCACCGAAAACAGUAAUCGGCAGUCGCUCAUAGCCAGUUCACCCUAUGUCUACGAAGACUAAAAUCUAAAACCAAGAGAUCUUCGAAAUUUCCACGUAAUCCUUAAUUGACUGAUCAUCUAAUCAGAAACUCCACCUGUUACGUUUGACCUGCUUCGAAUUCGGAUAGCAGGCUUCAAUAAUACUGUAUUAGAAUUUUUGCGUUUUUGCUGCCGUUGACCGACGCUAAGAUUUGAAGUUUUUACCGGAAGUAAGAAAUAUCUUUCCAUGUGUAAAAACUGUCGUAUAUAUCGAUUAAACUUACUAAAUUUUUGGGUUCUUAGGUCACUAAAUUUUCGAAAGGCCUCCGAGAGGAGUGCAUAAAACUUGUGCAAAUAAAGAAAGAAACGGAAUAUUUGUUUUACG